UAUUCUAUUUAAAUUGUUAUCAUAAUCAUCCAAAAAUACACAUGACUUAACUUAAUGAAUGUUGGAGCAACAACUUGAGUGGAAAAUUAUUUAAUUGAGGGUGAAGAAAACCCCUGGAGGAACUGAACAAGCUGACAGUAUGAAAAAAAAAAACUGUGAGAAAGCAGGAACUGACUUCUCACCUGAGAAAACAACCAAUCAAACAAGGCAGGGGCGUUUCUAGGGAAACAGAUAAAGCAGGUGUGACAGGUGAGGAAGGGCAAACAGACAAGAAAGGGGUGGAGAAGGGUAACUUGUAAGUGUAGAGACCAUCAGUUGGAUCCGCUCACAUUCAAAUACCUGCAAAGGUCUGAAGAAGAAAAGGACUUUUGAGAUCUGACAAAAACCAAUGCAAAAAGAGGUUUGCAUAGAAAGGAAGGACAGGCAAAGUGUUGAGACGAGAUUUUGAGAGGUAAGAAGAAAUUUCACAAUGUCUUCAUUUGAGGCCCAGGGCCAGUCUCCUCCUCGGUGUGGCCCGCAGUUCCCCAGCCUCGGCCAGGAGCCCCCUGAGCUCAGCAUGUACAGUGACUGUUACUACCCUCCUCCCUCAUUGCCGAGUCCUCAGCGCACCACUCCGACUUCCUACGACCUGAGUGACUACGCCACCUCCUCAACAAACCCUUACCUCUGGUUCAACGGCACCGGGAUCAACACACCCCCCUACCUGGCUACCACCGGCCCACCUGGAAACCCCGGCCCUCCCUUUGUCCCUCAGCACUACGGCAUGCAGAGGCCUUACCUGGGUCCUGCUGGAGCCGGAUGUCCAGGAGGGGAGCUGAGCUGGUUCUCUCUCCCCUCACAGGAAGACCUGAUGAAGCUGGUUAGGCCACCUUACUCCUACUCCGCUCUCAUCGCCAUGGCUAUCCACGGAGCACCAGACAGGAGACUGACAUUGAGUCAGAUUUAUCAGUAUGUGGCUGACAAUUUCCCUUUCUACAACAAAAGCAAAGCAGGGUGGCAAAAUUCCAUCAGACACAACCUGUCACUCAACGACUGCUUCAAAAAAGUACCAAGAGAUGAAGAUGAUCCAGGCAAGGGCAACUACUGGACACUUGACCCAAAUUGCGAAAAGAUGUUCGACAAUGGAAACUUCCGCCGCAAAAGGAAGAGAAAGUCUGAUUCCCUCUCCGGUGUUGAUGGCUCAGGGGUUCCGGAGUCAGGUGACAACGAGAGGGGCAGCCCCAAACUCUCAACUGCCCUGCACAUCUCUCCCACGCCAGACAGGAUCCCCUCCCCUUCAUCGUCAGGCCCCGCACCUUGUCUCAGCAGCUUCUUAUCCGAGAUGUCUGGAGUGGCAGUCGGAGCAGCUAAUGAGGUGGGAGGUGAUGGGUUGAGCAGGCCGCUGCAGAUCAACCUCGCUUUAGAUGGGCCUCAUAGACCCACGCAACCUGGAAGCUUUAGCACCUACUCCCCCAACCCAGGUGGCCCAGAGUGGGUACCACAAGUGCCAGCUCUCCCAGUGCUCUCCUCUUCACCCACCCACUCCUCCCUAGGCUACACUAGCCCCAUCCUCAGCCAGUACAGUGGGUCCAGUGGGCAUUUCUACCCCACACUUGGCUCAACAGGAAUCAUCUAUCAUCGUGAGGGCACAGAGGUUUAAUAAGACAUUGGGGGGGGGGGGGGGGAGUUUG